UGAAGCCAAAGCAAAGACAGUAAUAAACAUGGCAGUGCUCAGCAAACUGAACACUAAAAAUUCAGCUAUAAUUACCCUUGCUGGUCUUGCUUCCUACCUAGCCAUAAAGAAUAUCAUAAGUUUGAGACAAAGAAGAAAUAAAGCGAAAUCAGAAAUUAAAGUUGUUAUAUCACAGCAUGAUCUGAAGAAAGAGAGAGCUGCAGUUGAUUCUGUAUUUGUUGGUCGUUUGAUUCGUAUUUUGAAGAUUUUAGUACCAGGAUGGAUUACACCUGAGACCUGGUAUUUACUGAUAGUAGCAUGGUCUUUAGUGGCUAGGACGUAUGCUGAUGUGUGGAUGAUUCAGAAUGGGACAGCUAUUGAAAGUGCAAUUAUUGGUCGUGAUUUGAAUCUCUUUAAAACUCAUCUAUUUAAAUUUAUUUAUGCUAUGCCUAUGAUAUCUGUUGUAAAUAAUAUUUUAAAGUAUGGACUGAAUGAAUUAAAGUUAAGAUUUAGAACCAGACUGUCUACUUAUUUAUAUGAUAGAUAUUUAAAGGGUUUUACAUUCUAUAAAAUGAGUAAUUUAGAUAAUCGUAUAGUGAAUGCUGAUCAGUUAUUAACACAAGAUGUAGAGAAAUUCUGUGAUUCCGUGGCUGAAUUAUAUUCUAAUUUAAGCAAGCCAAUCUUAGAUGUGAUAUUGUACACUGUAAAACUAACAGGAGCCAUUGGUGCACAGGGUCCAUUUUAUAUGUUACUAUAUUUAGCUGUUUCUGGUUCAAUAUUAACUAGAUUACGGCGGCCUAUUGGUAAAAUGACAGUAACAGAACAAAGAUUAGAAGGGGAAUACCGCUAUGUUAAUUCUAGACUUAUUACUAAUAGUGAAGAGAUAGCAUUCUAUCAAGGAAAUCAAAAAGAACAGUUUACUAUUUUAGCUUCCUUUCAGAAGUUGGUGAAUCACUUGAGAUUUUUUAUAUUUUUCCGUCUACAAAUGGGUUUUGUUGACAAUAUUGUAGCUAAAUAUCUAGCAACUGUAGUAGGAUAUUUAGUUGUUAGCCGUCCAUUUUUAGACUUGACACAUCCCCGUCAUAGAACCAGUACUCAUGCUGAGAUGUUAGAGGACUAUUAUAAAAGUGGAAGAAUGUUGGUAAAAAUGGCUGAAGCUAUUGGACGUAUUGUGUUAGCAGGUAGAGAAAUGACAAGAUUAUCAGGAUUUACAGCUCGAGUAACACAGUUAAUAAGAGUUUUAGAUGAUUUAAAUAAAGGUCAUUAUGAGAGAACUAUGGUUUCUGAUAAAAAUAAUCUAACAGGAGGUAAUCAUGUAGCUUUAAAACCUGGUAGUGGUAAAAUUAUAGUACAAGAUCAUCUCAUCAAAUUUGAUAAAGUGCCUUUGGUAACACCUAAUGGAGAUGUUUUGAUCAAGGAAUUAUCAAUGGAGGUGAAGUCUGGAAUGAAUGUUUUAGUUUGUGGGCCCAAUGGUUGUGGUAAAAGUUCAUUAUUUAGGACUUUAGGAGAGUUGUGGCCCUUAUUUGGUGGUGUAAUGACAAAACCAGAAAAAGGAAAGUUAUUUUACGUACCCCAACGACCAUAUAUGGCAGUAGGUACAUUACGUGAUCAAGUUAUCUACCCUGAUAAUAAAGAACAACAAAUUAAAAAACGUGUCAAAGAUGAAGAUUUAGCUGAAAUUUUAGGAAAGGUUCAGUUAGACUAUAUAUUAGAAAGAGAAGGUGGAUGGAAUUCUGUUCAGGAUUGGAUGGAUGUAUUAAGUGGUGGUGAAAAACAAAGAAUAGCUAUGGCCAGAUUAUUCUACCAUAAACCUCAGUUUGCUAUCUUAGAUGAGUGUACAAGUGCUGUCAGUGUAGAUGUUGAAGGUUAUAUGUAUCAACAUUGCCGAGAGGUUGGAAUAACAUUGUUUACAGUAUCACAUAGAAAAUCUUUGUGGACACAUCAUGAUUAUUAUCUAAAGAUGGAUGGAAGAGGAAAUUAUGAGUAUAAACCAAUUACAGAAGAUACCACAGAAUUUGGUUCUUAAAAACACCUCUAGUAUUAUAUAGAUUUUACUUGUUUUUACUGCUAAUCUAAGUCUAAAUUAUUCCUUUUCUAAUACAGUAACACAAUAUAUACCAAUGUCAAUUUUUUUUUACUUUUGUAUAUUUUAAAGUUUUUUCUUUAUUAACCCGGUAAUAUUUAGAACAACAUCCAGGAGGCAUUUUACUUGAGAUCUUUUACAGAACAUAUUGUUGAUGUUGUAAGGGAUUGUAAAGAUAUUUUCUAGUAUUGUUAUGUAGGUGGAAGUCUUUUGUUGGACGAUGAUGGCAUUGAAUUCUUAUAAGGAAUUCUUUGGAAUCAGAACCCAGAAUCAACCAAUGUCUGAAGACUUCACCUUAUUACAAUUCCAUCAACACUGAAAAUCCCAAUACAAUAUAAAUAUAUGUUUCUUGUUAUGUUUUUUUAAUAAAGUUUUAUAUCAAAUUGUGUAAAAACUAAUAUUUUUUUAGUUAGAUCCUAUGUAAAUAAAAUACAAAUUCU